CUCUGGGGUCAGUCUUGAAGGCUAUGAAUCAGGGGAAAUAGUUCCAAGAGCAUGAGCGGUGGGAGUGGUUUUCCCACAGCAUUCUACGUUCUCUUGGUCUAUUAUCACCACCGGUGGCACGUGUGCUCCCUUGCGGCACUGCCCCUUCAUCACGAGCCUUCAUUGCACUACCUGAGGCUAUUAGCCAAUAGUGGAAAGCCUAUUGCAAGGUACGCAGGCACACCCGCACGUGAAACGAAACAUCGGAGGGCACUGAUUGGUCAUUUGAGUCUCAUCACGCAUGCUACCGACUAAAGGUCGCGGAGCCACGUGCUUUCGCUCAUUUCGACGGGUGACGUCCCAGAGAGUCAAAUCCGGAAAAGCGAUCUUUUAUCAGUGAAUCUACACAGUGAGUGUGUGUGUGCGCUUACAUUUUCCAUUCCUCUCUGCUGAAGGCACACAGCUACAAUGACCAUGCCAGCUACUAAAAGUCCACUGGGAGUUUGUAAAAGUGAGAACAGACGGGCUUCUAAGCCCCUUAUGGAAAAGCGAAGACGAGCCCGGAUUAACAAGAGCUUAACCGAGUUGAAAUCCUUAAUCUUAGAUGCUGCAAAAAAGGAGCCCCAGACUGGACGUCAUUCUAAACUGGAGAAAGCGGAUAUUCUCGAACUCACGGUAAAACAUCUCCAGACUCUACACAAACAGCAAAUAUCGACAUCGUAUACCACAGAUCCGUUGGCCAUGGGGAAAUUUCGAGCCGGCUAUGCUGAGUGUGUGAAGGAGGUGAGCCGGUUUGUGACCAGACUAGAGGGCGUGGAUUCAGUCCUGCGUUCGAGAUUACUAAACCACAUGUCAGGAUGUCUCACAAAGUUUGACGACACUCCGUCCAUCAACACUUCGGAGGAGAAAACGCCAUCUGGUGACAACAAAGUACCACGUGCGACGACCCCCGAGACGCUUCCUGACAGCUCCACGUCCAGUCCGUCCAUGGAAGUUGACAUCUUUCACGGUGUAGCCAUCCCACCGUCGAUUCGAACCAGCUCGCCUAAAGCACGAAAUACUGACUUCAUACACUUUCCAGCCACGAGUAGUUCUGCUACUGGAGAUUUUUCCUCCAACUUGACCAACGUCCAGCUGGCUCUAAUUCUACCCGAGUCAUCCAUACCCACACACUCUUUGGCUCAACUUUAUCCAAGCGGUCCUCUCAAUCUCGUCACGAGCAACAAAUCUGACAGCCAACUCAGUGUGUACUCGGCUCUUUCCACCAGAAGCACACCCUCAACACCAAUCUCCAACAUCAGUUCCGCCAGCAAAGGUUAUAGUAGUGAUUCAGAGGCUUCUCUGAGCAACGGAUCACUUGCCAGUCCCAAAAUGUCGAGUCUUUCUGUCGAAUCAGUGUAUCACGUCGCAAGGGUUGUUGGUGGGAGUGCCUGUAGUGUCAUACAGAUGGCGCCCAAAUCACCGGAAGCUGUCUGGAGACCCUGGUGAUUGUACGCGUUCCUUUCCCCAGAACAGAUCUUAAGUUUUAGCAAAUUUGCCAAAAAAAAAGUUAUAUAUAUAUAACACACAUUAACGUGCUGUACAUAUUUUUGGUGCCUUAUAUAUAUAGUUUUUUCUUUCUUUCCAGAAAGAUCACUGUAGCUAUAAAAACCACCGUAACAAUAAUUUUUGUUUUCUGAACGACUGACGUUUGUUGCUGCUGUUCAUUACUCACAGCUGUAUUGUUAUAAGUAAUAAUUACAAUUAAGUUACAGACUCACCACGUACGUUCCACCCUUGUUAGUUCUGUUGUGUCGGUUAUAAAGAAUUCACAGAAGUCGAGGCAAAUGAAUCUUGUACAUUUGAAAGUUAACAGAUUCUCUCGCCAGCAGAACAUCUGCAAUGAUAUACAUGGUUUUAUUUAUCAGAAACUUUCUAACUCGUGUGCCUCUAGAAGUGAUAGACUAAACGAAACAUUUCUUCCAAUCAUUUAGAAUGGCUGUGAUUCUUUUGAUAUGGUUAUAGGCUUGUUUUCCUGUUACUCAGGGGUCUCCAAACUACAGCCCGCCAACAGUUUUUUUUUAAAGUAAUAAUAUAAUUUUUAAUAUUAUAAAAACAAAAAAUAAAAUAAAACGUAA